GAGAGGAGGGGUGAGCUAGACAGAGACAGUCACACAAGGGUAGGGCGUUUUACUUUUUUACAGGAACCUCUGUGGGGGUUUGCCUUCCAUUUUAGGUGCUACUGUUGCAGCUGUAUGCCCAGAGCAGAUUCAGUUUGGAGUGCAAGUGUGGAUACUGAUUGUGUGUGGAUUUUACUUCCUUCACACUGUUGUGCUGAAGUCCUUUGAGAAAUACCCGAAUCAGCUGCUAGAAGAUUUUUUUUUAAGGGGGGAGGAGGAAGCUGAAGCUACUCCCUUAUGGAUUAGAAAAAGAUUUUUUUUCCUGUAACAAAGCAACUACUUUUUGAGUACUUCAUAUUCGUAAGGUGAAGAAGUGAAAAGUUUUAUGUGUGCCAGUUUGCUGUGUUUUUUUUUCCUGCGUGUUUACUUUUUCCAGAUCCUUGUAUUACACUUGGGAUACUUUGGGGAAAAAAAAACAAGCUUUCUGGGAGGUGUUUAGUUUCCUGAGUCUUCCUUUUUCCAUUUUUCUCUUUGUUGGACAUACUGUAAUUGCAAAAGACAAUCUGCUCAGCAUUUUCAGAAGAUCAGAAAUUUGAAGUGUGGAGCAUCGAAUCUUGUGAACCAAACUCCAGUAGCAAGGCGUAUAGCCGAGACUUUACCAGAACACAACGCCUGCUGUUAUGUGCUCUUGUCUACUUCCUUCCUGCUUUUGAGUGGUGGUGGGGUUGCUGUCCCAUGACUCUUAGUACUACAUAAGGCUCAGCUGCUCUUUCCUUGCCAGUCCUCAGUUCAGUAAAGUUUUCCAUUUCAGGUCUUGUACCAUCACAUCACUCACGCCGUGUCUCCAUGGAUGACUCGGACGUGGAGUGCACAGCCAGCAUUCUGGCAUCUGUAAAGGAACAGGAGGCGCAGUUUGAAAAGCUGACUCGAGCACUUGAGGAGGAAAGACGGCAUGUUUCUGCGCAGCUAGAGCGGGUGCGAAUCACUCCAGAUGGGACUGUUCCUCUUGUACCAAAUGGCGGCAGUAGCAGUGGAACCCUAACUCGACGCCAGCAGAAUGGUCGCUUAGUUGGUGAUGCUGAGUUUGAGCGACAAAAAUUAAUGGAGCCUUCUCUCAACGGACCACAGGAUCGGAGCCGUACUCAGUACAGCACAAUGUCUCGCAUGGAUGAGCCAGGUCAUGUGAUUGAAGAGAGUUAUACUGUGGAAGAAGAUCCUGAUGGGGGCACCUCAGUUGUGUCUGUUGAAAUGUCUGAAGAUGGUACCACUCGGCGCACAGAAACUACAGUCAAGAAGGUUGUAAAAACUGUGACUACCAGAACGGUUGUUCCUGUCGCUGGAGACAACAUGUCUGAUAUCUCCUCCAUUCAGGGCAGUUAUAUCCAAACAUUGGACCGGAAGUACCGGGGUGUGAAUGAUGGCUAUGCUGCUCAGCCAGGUACUGCUACUGUGCCUCGUAAUUACCACUAUGCCGAUAAUUAUGGCCGACCAUAUGAUGAUGGCUACCCACCAAUGGAUAACUACAGCAGUCUUUCUCGGACUGCCCGUAUGGAUGAUCGGUACCGUCCACAAGACACUUACAGGACCCUUGAUGGAUACAGAGCUCCAAGUAGGCAAGAACUGUAUGGGCCACAGCCACAAGUAAGAAUGGGCAGCAAUGUGGACAUAAACAGACUUCACCCAGAGCGCUUUAUUGCUGAGUCAUAUGGUCUGGAGGAUGAUCAGAGGAGUUUAGGUUACGAUGAUAUGGAUUAUAGCAUGGCAUCUGAUUAUGGCAGACGUGUAGGCACAAAUCCCAGAAACAGAAUCAGGAGCUAUGAAGAUGCCUUAGACGAUGCACCAUCUGAUCAGUAUUACUGGGCUCCACUUGCUCGUCAUGAAGCUGGCAGUAUGGCGAGUCUUGAUAGUCUGCGUAAAGCCCCACAAACAAAUUGGCGCCAGCCUGAGCUGCCUGAAGUGAUUGCUAUGCUCAAUUUCCGCUUAGAUGCAGUGAAGUCCAAUGCAGCUGCCUACCUACAACAUCUUUGCUUUCGCAAUGACAAGGUGAAGACAGAUGUAAGACGACUGAAAGGAAUUCCCACACUGGUUAGCUUGCUUGAUCACCCUAAAAAAGAGGUCCAUUACAGUGCCUGUGGUGCCCUAAAGAACAUCUCAUAUGGACGUGAUCCAGAUAACAAGAUAGCCAUCAAGAACUCUGAUGGUGUCCCUGCCCUUGUCAGGCUGUUGCGUAAAACCAGAGAUAUGGAUGUGACUGAAGUAAUAACAGGCACACUGUGGAAUUUGUCUUCUCAUGACUCUAUCAAAAUGGAAAUAGUGGAUCAUGCCCUGAACUCCUUGGUGAAUGAAGUGAUCAUUCCACACUCAGGCUGGGAACGGGAGCCCAAUGAAGAUUCAAAACCACGGCAUGUUGAAUGGGAGCCUGUCCUGACCAACACAGCUGGUUGCCUGAGGAAUGUGAGCUCUGAACGCAGUGAGGCACGCAGGAAACUCCGGGAAUGUGAUGGGCUGGUAGAUGCCCUUCUGUACAUCGUUCAGUCUGAAAUCGGCCAGAAGGAUUUAGACAGUAAAAUAAGAAAAAUGAAGAUCCUGUUGCAGAUACGGUGGAUUUCCCCAAAAGAAACACUCCAGCUAAAGGUUAUGAAUUGCUUUUUCAGCCAGAGGUGGUUAGGAUCUAUAUGUCUCUCUUGAAAGAGAGCAAAAACCCUGCAGUUGUUGAAGCAGCAGCUGGUGCCAUCCAAAACCUGUGUGCAGGGCGCUGGAUCUAUGGUCGAUGCAUUCGUGCAGCUGUACGACAGGAAAGGGGCUUAUCAGCCAUCACAGAACAUCUGCACAGUGAGCAUGAUCAUGUAGUUCGGGCAGUUUCAGGUGCCCUUCGUAACCUUGCAGUGGAUACACGGAACAAAGAAUUGAUUGGUAAACAUGGCAUUCCAAAUCUGGCGUCCAACUUGCCAAGGGGUCAGCCGGGACAGGAGAAGAAAUUAAGUGAAGAUACCAUUGUUUCAGUGCUCAACACCAUCAAUGAGGUGGUAGGCCACAACCUCGAAGCAGCGAAGAAACUACGCGAGACACAAGGCAUUGAGAAGCUGGUGCUUAUCAACAAGUCUGGGAAUCGCAGUGAGAGAGAAGUGAAGGCAGCUGGCUUGAUCUUGCAGACAGUUUGGGGCUUUAAGGAAUUACGCAAACCACUGGAGAAAGAAGGAUGGAAGAAAACUGAUUUCCAGGUACAGACUACGGCAAACCGUGAUUCAAAUCGUCAGUAUGAUGACAGCACCCUACCCUUGAUAGAAAAGAACCAGAAAGGUGACAAGAAAAAUGACAGAGACAUGAUACCUAUGAAUGACAUUGGACCAGAUCCUUACUCAACACUUGACCAAAGAGAGUCGAACAGGACACUGGAUCGAAGUGGAGACCUUUCAGAGCGAGAACCACUACAGAAAUAAGUUCUAUUUAGAUUUGCAUAUGGACUCUUCCAACUGUCGUUUUCCUACUGGAGGACUUUUGGUUAUGACUUUUCACGAGGGGACCAGAGUGAAUGUUUUUUUGCAAAAGCAGCAGUUUUUCUGCAUUUCUCCCUCCAAUUCUGAAGAAGGAAUUCUGUCUGAAUAGGAGAGCUGGUGGAUUAACGACAAACUGAAAAAUGCCAUAUAACUAGUCUUUCCUACUUAGUGCUCUGUAACCUGCAGGGCUUGCUGAACUUGACGAGCUCUGCAGUCUGCCUUUUGAAAUGCACAUGUGUCUUGGGCAGCAUUUAUUUUGAUAUAGAAAUCUGAAAAAUUAUUUGGGGGGGGGGGGAGGGACGGGUGUUAUUUUCAACAGAUUGGAAAUGCUGAGGGGGAUUUUCCUUUGGACAGAUCUGUUACCAGAGGCACUACACCACCUUAUGUUAACCCCUUUCAAGUAUUGUUUUGAAUGUACAAGACCUAAUGAUUCCAGUGCUUUUUGGACCUCCUGUGGGUUUUUUUUUAACGUUUAAAAGGGAGCAUGUUUUAAAUGCCUUAAUACCCUGCCCAUAUCUGCCUGUUGACUGCAUUUCUUUUAAAUGUUUUGAAUUUUUUUUCAGUUCAGGGGAAUUUGUUCAUGAAUUUUUUUUGGCAUUAUUGCUGGAUAUGGUGGCCAAGGUAUCAUCAGUGUACUAAUGCCUUGCAAAGCCUGAUGGUUUCUCUUGCUAAAGCUGUGCCAAAUUGAAAUCUCUGCAGUCGUGUCAUUGAUACAAGGUUGUAAAAAGUGAUGACCGCACAAAAUCCUUGUUGGUUGCAUUUUGUACUGUCUUUUCUCUGAUGCUCACCACAGGUGAGAGGUGAGCAUUGUACCGCAGGUAGUUUUUUUGGGGGAAAGGGUGCUUUGCACUAUAUGAGCACUGUUGUGGACCCAGUAAAAGAAAAUGUAUUGCUAUUAUGCUGCAGCUGGUUGGUUUGGAGGCUUACUGUUGAUUUGUAUUUAAUGCCAUUCCUUUGUAGCACAUCAUUCUUGGAUUGCCGCAGUGUAUGUAUAAGGAUCUGUAGAACAGCUGUAAAAACUGCAUAGAUUUUGGAAGCAAAAGUCACCAUGCUGCUCAUGCAGACAGCUUUGAAAUGGUAAUCUACUAGCCUUGCAGAGUAAAGAGACAAACAUUUUGGAGUAAAGAGGUCUUAAGAAAGAGCUUAAAGGGGACCAUAGUGUGGUGUUAUAUGAGCUUUAAAAUUGUUCCAGGAUCUUUUUGAACAUGUGACAGAAAACAGUGGUUUGUAUUGAGAGCUGCAGUGGUUUUCAGUUUCAUAUAACUACGUUUCCCAUUUUUUUUUCCAAGAAACUGUCUUUUCUUGUGUAGUAAGACAGGGAAGGGGUUAUUUUUUUAAAUGUCUGUUAAUUAAAAUGUUUUGCUUUUUAUUUUUUUCUUGUACAAUAUUAAUCCGUAAGAAGAGUUUAGAAUUUUUAAUCACAUGCACUUUUCCUCUUAAUAUUGACUUUCCCUAUGCUGUUAGACUGUUUUUGUAUGUAUAAUGGUUUUAAAACGUAUAUAAAAAGUGUGGAGGUGAAUUGUAUUCUUUUUUUAAUCUUGCUGGUGGGAUAAUUUUUAGAAAUGGGGGAGUUAAUAUGUAGAUAACUUUCAUAUUUUAAUUAACUCUUUCCUGCUCCCCCUUCUAAAAAAAUGUUUCUGAGAUUGAGUUUAUUAUAGCAGAAUUGAAUGUAAGCAGGAAAGUUAACACUAAGAAAUGUAGAGCUUCAGGGUGUUGUAGAACUGCACUGUUGGGGAACCACAUGUCUGCAAAGUACAGUAUAGGAGUACCAACAUUUCAUAUAAAAUCUGACAAAUCACCAGAAUUCCUGUGAACUCCUUGAGUGUCCUUUCAGUUUCCUUGUAAUAAUUGGGCCUCCCAGUAACUCUCCUUGGAAAAUGUAAUUGAGUUAGUGUGUUUAAGUUGAAGCCACCAUGCCAAAACACAAUUUGGAAUGGAUUGGGGGGGGGGGGGCACAUGCAUAGUUAUUUUAUCUCUGAACUGUUCACCUGUUGAAGUGGUUUAGAAAAUAAUAUUUUGCUAUGCCCUGUUGUGGUACUUUCUCUUCUCCCAAGUCUCACAACAAACUGUGCAGUGUGAUUUUGAUUACAGUUGGUUGGUUUGCCUGUCUUGGAUGUACAUUGUUACAAGAUGUGUAUACUGUUGGAGCCAAGGAUUUUUUUAUUACAAGAAGCCUGGCAUAAAUUUGUUUUUAGAUCUGAAUUGAGUGCUGUACCAAUAAUAUUUUGCUAUGCCCUGUUGUGGUACUUUCUCUUCUCCCAAGUCUCACAACAAACUGUGCAGUGUGAUUUUGAUUACAGUUGGUUGGUUUGCCUGUCUUGGAUGUACAUUGUUACAAGAUGUGUAUACUGUUGGAGCCAAGGAUUUUUUUAUUACAAGAAGCCUGGCAUAAAUUUGUUUUUAGAUCUGAAUUUAGUGCUGUACCAAGUUUAAGAAACCAAGUGCUUUUUAAGUGCUUCUGUUGCUGCUGAUUUUGGUGAAAUUAUUUUGAUUUGUGCAUUAAAAUUUAAUUUUAUGUAAUGAAGGUUCAUCAUCACAGUAGUAGUAUUCUGCUACUUUAUUUCUGAGCUACAGUAGCUCUUAAUCACCAUUAUGCCUUUCUUCAGGACUUGUAGCAUGAAAGAAAAUGCACACUGUAGUGCAGGUUCCAGCCUGUUCCUUCAGUGCCAGAAGUUGAGGAAAGGGGUGCUUUGAGUCAUUUGACUUAGCUGUGUUGGCCCCAUUGUAGACCAGCUUUAAAGUGCAGGCUCUUGGCAGCUAUGCAGUGUUUCCUCCCUGGUGCACAUCCUUCCGUCUGUCCACAACCCCUUCUUCCCAUUUUUGCAUGUGGGGUUGGGGUGUUACUUUACCCGGUGACAGUCAUCUGGAACCAAGGUUUAUACCAUUGAGUGGCUAGCCCUGCCACAGUACUUCAUCCACACCACACACACACACACACACCUGUGGCCCAUUUAGUGUGUCCAGUCCACCUACUGCAUGUCUUUGAAAUGUGGGUGGAAACCAGAGCACCUGCAGGAAACCCACGCAAACACAGAAGGGCAUGCAGACUCUGCACAGAAGGCACCCUUGCCGAGAGCUGAAUUAGGGAACCUCUUGCUGUGAGGUAUUAACACUAUCCAUUCCGCCACUGUGCCUCCCAUCUCUUGAAUUAUUUUGGAGUGGGCACUUCUUUGCAAGCUGAUGUUUUUAGCUGUUGGCGUGCAGAAAAUAUUUUCAGCUUUUCAAAAAAUAAUGGCAGCUAGAAACCAACUGAUUUUGGAGAGCUUUGUCUGGGUGCCAAACUGUUCUACCUUGACUUUACAAUUUUCUGUUUUUUGUGAUUGACCAGUAUUUUCCCUGUUUUGCUAGCAUUAGAAGUUGACUACAUUUGCCAGUGGGAGUGCUACUUGGAGGAUUGGGCAGGAUAACCAUGAUUUUUCUGCCUCUCUCUGGCUUCUCCUCCUGACUUGCAAGUAUGUGGAAAAUAACAUUCGGUGCUAUCCUGAUUAGUCAUCCAAAGUCUCUAUUGGAGGGGGGGGCACUCUAUUUUUCUGAUAACUGCUGUACCCAGUAAUAUUAUAGACUGUCUCACUGAAGUUUGUUAGGAUAGGUGAUAUUGGGGGGGGGGGGGGGGCAAGUCUUUCUAUAGUCUAUUUCAUUGAAAUUUACUCAGGUUUUGAUGUUUCUGCUUGCAUAGUCAUGCAACGUUUAGUGAGAUGUAGAGGUCUUCACAGAUAUUGAAAGUUGUGAAAGCAAUAAAUAUACUUUUUUAUUCACAGAUGUGUACAGAUUUGGUAUAAUGGAAAGUGUGUAUUUAAAUGAACUGUUUGUUCCGAGGAGCAAAACUUUUUUUUUUGGGCUUUGGGGCUCAAGGUGGAAUAAUUUUUGCUUUGUGUAAUUCCAAAUGCCAGGGACCACUGCAUGGACAAUCUUUUAUUGCAGUCCUUUCCUUUUCCAGAGGAAGCUUGUUUGCAAUGUUCUGUCUUCAGGAGGCCUUUAAUUUAUUUUUAUCAAAUUUGAUUUUUUUCUCUGGUAACCGGGAAGAAAUGUGUCUGUAAUAUAAACUGGAGGUGCUUACCUUUUUUUUUUUUUUUUUAAAUUCUUUUAGCUGUCAGUAUAUAUUUUUUUCACUGCCAUCAGAUUUCCUUAGUUCAUGCACACGCUUCAAUUCAGUCUCCUCCCCCACCCAGCUACACAGAGCUGAAUCAUGAGAUACAAACUUCUUAAAAUGUGCUGAAAAUGUGUUGUAGGACAGGAGUAAAUGAUACAGAAGUCUGGAACAGGUUAAAAUAGAACUUAUUAGAGAAACAAGUGCUGAAAAACUUGGAAAGCCGCAGUUAUUGGAGAUGCACAGCAGUAAAAUGGAAGAUUUUCACUUAAAUGGAUUUAGUUCACAAUUACCUUUUAAAUCACUUGCAUCAUCUCAAUGUUUAUAUCUCAAGUGCAGCGUAAACCUUAUAAACAAACUUAGCACAUUAUGGUGGUGGCAUUUGCCAACACAUACCAUGGUGGUAAGGUGCAGUUUUUUUUCCCCUGUGGCUUUGAUUUCAUUUUGUGGACUGUAUAUCUGAAGUAUUUAAGUUAUGUAGAAAAAAAGUAAGAGUAAAGUAGAUAAUUAAGAAAACACAUGAGAAGUAAUAAAAAAUGGUCUAAUUACAUAAUGCUAAUGGACAUUUUUGUAGCUUUUUCACCACGCAUUUGUUAUAAAAGAACGUUUCAUUCCUAUAAAUGAAAACUAUUUUUCUUUUUUUCCCCUCAACAGAUGGUUGCAGAAUGAAGGCAUGCAGAUCACUUGGUUUAGUCUGCCCUGAAAGUGUUUUGAGUUGUUUGGGAGGGGUGGAAAUGUACAGGCAACCAUGGGUUUCUGAGUGUAAUGGCUACUUACAUGCACACUAAAAAAAAAAUGUAUAUUUUGAGGGUGGGAUUUGAUCACCUUUGAUCAUUUAUUAAGAGGUGAAAAGGUUUAGGUGACGCAAAUGGACUGAAUUUCUUAGCUUUGUUUCAACCACUACAUUCUCGUGUGUUAACGGUUAACAUGCCACUAAUUCCGAUGAAAAAGUAAUUUAGUUUUGUCAAUCUGCAUAUGUUUCUAUGCUAUGCCUUCUUGUCAAUAUGAUUUUUUAUAAAUAAAACAGUUUAACCACAAA